CUCAGCCUUGUCAUUGUCUCACUCAGCCCUGUCGUGGCCUCUGGUGGGACGGUCAUCGUCCACGGGCCGAAGGCUCGAGAAUAAUAGCUUUGGGCUCGACAGGGAUUUGGCGCCGUGUUGUCACAAGUGUGGGUGGGGUCUUAUCGCGAUAAAGAUCCCCUCCCAUGCUGUCUGCCCAGAGGCGGGCCAGAUGGGCCAUCUCCUGCAACCUCGUCACAGUUGGUCUGUCUGUCUUCUCCAUUCCGUACAUUACGGCCUCUCGAGCCUGUCUGAGGGCGUCUUGUCCAUCAUCUUAUAGGAGGCUGUCCCUCGCAAGGCCAAUCGAGAGGUCACGCCGUGGUAUUACAAAGGAGCCUGUCAAAGUGAAGGCCAUCCCGUAGGAGGCCCUCCCAUGGGAGGAUACAAGGCUGUCGGACACCACAGGAGCAUGUCUCGGAUGAGCUGGCCAUCCUCAUCACCCGAAAAAUAGCUGUUUUUAUCCUUGGAAGAACUCAGCAUGCCAGCUGCCAAUGGCCAGCCAGGCGCGGGCAGGGGCUUCGUUCCAGGAUAUACGGUCAAGUAUCGCGGCUCACAGAAGGCAGAGGAUCGGUUCGGAUUCGAGUGCCGGGAGGAGAUCUCGGACAUGCUCCGCGAUCAUGAGAAUGUUCCGUAUCCGCAAGGCUUCUCCGGCCAGUGGGACGACUUCCCUCGCGUUGCCAGAGCACGCAUGAACCUGACGGCGCUUUCUCAGCACUAUGACCUGUAUCUUGUGGCAUACAAGGGCUUCGUGCAAGUCUACCGCCUCGGUCGAGGUGUCAAGGUCGCGCUGGGGGAGCCCCUCGCGAUACUUGACCCAAACAUGAGCAAGACUGGAAUGUCCACACACGUCGCCGGCGAUAUCAACCCCCGCUGCGCACACGAGAUCAACCACAUGGUCGUGGGGGGCCUGGGGGACCAGGAGGUGGUCGUUGUCAGCAGGGACAACGGCGAUGUUCAAGCCUGGUACACAGCCACCGUUGCGGAACACAUCCAGAGGGUCCAGUGUGCGAGGAGAGGCCGGGCCCAGGCCAGCGGCGGUGGACAACCGGCAGACAAGGUACCACGGCAGCCACACCUGAGGCACUUCUUCUCGGAAAACGUCGGCGCGUCAGCCUGGGGGCUGGCUGUCCACGAGAAAUCCCGCUUGAUAGCGGUUUCGUCAAACUGCCACGAGGUGACCGUGUUCGCGUUCGCACUGACCAGCCCCAGGGAUGCGGUCAAGGUCGGCCAUAGAUGUGCUUCCAAGUGCGAAGGCCAUAUCAGACAAACCGAGACGACGGCCAACGAAGCGACACAACAAAUCUGCAUGCUUAAACAGAGGUUGCAGGCACGGCGGCGGACCUGGAGAAUCGUGCUAUCCUUUGGGGUAGAGGCGUGCAAUAUGCCAAGCAUUGCAUUCUGCGACGAUGCCCAUGGGAACGCCACCCGGGUUGCUGCCAUUGACAUAAACGGAUAUCUCUAUGUUGCUGACAUCUGGCAAGUUGCUCGGAAACCCAUCAGGAUACCCCCCCAUAAUGUGCAGCUCCCGAGCGGCAGGCGGUAUAGACAGGUCCGCGGGUGGAACUUGCUAGCUGUCACUGAUGCGCAGCUGCUGCCCACCAAAACGGUCCACGCAGCCCUGGGCCUACAACCACACAAGUGUGUCUACAGAGCCAAGACAACUCGUGGUGCUUGGCAGGACACAUCGAGAUGCAUGUCAGAAGUCUGGUACGACGCCGCCUCAAGGCGGCAUAAACAUCGCAUCGCCGCUUACGAGUUUAAGGAUUACAGUGAGGACACCGACGGCAUCUCCAGGGACACCUUUUCCCUGGUGGAUUUCGAGGAACCAGCCACCAUCACGCCGCCUCUGUCCGAUGAUAUCUGGCAUCCUGUGUACGGCCCCAACGACGGCAUCCAUCUCGACGAAGCCCACCAUGUGGGUCUGGCCAUGACGGUAGUGCCCUACUCGGGUGCUCACUUCGCCGAACCUGCCACGCCCGAAUUGCUGGUUGAGUUUGCCGGGAUCAGAGGCGCGGCAAGGCGAGCACACGGCCUCCAUGUGCCCCUCAACAUCGGUCAGUUCCGGCAGAACGCUCAGCAGUGGGGUGGCCAAGAUCUGUUGCAGGAUAUCAGUUUUCUGCGAUUCAACGAGGAGGACUUUGAGAUGCUGUCCCUGGCCGAGACAGACACUGGUGUUGUGUGCCAUCAUGUGCUGGACAACGUCAACAUGAGCGGCGCUGAGGCUCCGUGGGACAUGGCCUUUGGCAAGAGGUGUAGCAUGCUCCUCACUAUCCCGGAGCUUCAUCUUGUGAUUGUUGGCUCAAUGUGUGGACGCGUCGCACUCGUCACGCUCACAAAGCCUCCACAUGCGGACACACAUGCGGACAGCGCAACCCCGAGGCGUGCCUUUCGUGUUGAUGCCGUACUGCCUUUCCAGGACGAGGAGGAGACUUCUGAGCGCCCCUUUGUCUGUCUGUUGGGUAUAGCGGUCUCGCCAAUACCCGAGCCCCACUCGCAAGGUAUCGAACUGCGGCGGCGCCAGCAGGUGCGGAAGGGACGCACGCGGUGGAUUGAGCCGGAUUCGCCGAAAAGAUGGAGGCUGGUACUCAAUUAUCAAGACCACACGGUCAUGCAGUAUGAUAUCGUCAAACGGGAUCAGGGAGAAACGGGCUCCUGGAACAACUUUGCCGGGUCGAGGGUGUACUCGCGCAGGAUGCACAAGGCCAAGGGUGGCGACCCAGACGACGACUCGGACUCGUCAGUUUGAAGGGAAGGCUGCUUGGUAGGCCUCAACCCACCAUAAAUCACCUUCAGUAUGACUGUAAAGCAUACAACGCACGCAACAGAGCCUUGUAGCUUUCACCACUGUAAUACUAUAUUGUCUUACAGGAGCUCAUCCUACAAGAGUUUAUUGUAUAAUAGGUCAUUUUAUAAGAGGUUCUGCCGUAGUAAGAUGUUUCUCCGGGAUGUGAGAUAUAUACUAGAGGAGGUUGUGCCAUAGGAGGAUAUCCCGUGAGAGGGACGUGCUAUAGGGUCGUGUCCUAUGGGAAGCUAGAACAGACACACUGUACACCUACGUAGCAGAUACCCGAGCAAUUCAUAACAGAUACACCAGCUACUCUCUAGUCUAUCAAUCCUCAAGAUCUUUGCGGUACUGACCGGUAGAUAGGGGGCAGCUUUUACGGUGUAGCCUGCCCAAGUAAAACGUGCCACAGUUGUCUAUGAUGGUUAUUGUUGACUGCAAUUUCCACCUUGUACAAAUGUAGCCCUGGCAAGAUAGACACCGGCCAAAGCUCCAGAGGACACCGGUGCAUCCCUUCCACCCCCUUCCCCCCCGGAUCCAACAGCUGCCCCGUAAAAGACCGGCCAAUCAUGAGCGUUUCUAUGAUUUGCUUUUGCGCCCUCUCCCAUGGGAUACGAGGUCUUAUAAAUAAAUGCAUUUGUGCCCCAAGUUACCAGCCGACUAAAAAACCCAACGCCUCGCGGAACAAAACAACUUGUUGAUAGGAUGACACCACUCGGAAAAGCUCAACUAGCCAACGUGUAGCCGUUGCAGCAAGCAAUGUGCAUGCCCUGCCUUGCCGUACCGGCUUGAUCCGUCUCUCAUGCCUGCGCCACGGCGACCGUGAAGCCCAGCGCGUCGCGGGCGCACUAGGCCCGCAUGAGCUCUGACAUGUCUCGCAUCCGGUAGUCCAGCACCGGCGUCACCCAGUCAUCCUCGACGAGCGAGUACGUCUCCUUCUUGUCGUCCUUUGGCUUGCGCGGGUUGAUGGCCCAGUAGCCAAAGUCGGCAUUGAUCUCCUUGAGGUAGCGCAAGAGGUUGACCCAGUAGUUGGCGUCGCCCUGGCCGGGGUGCUGUGGCGCGCCGAACUCGCCGAUCCAGACGGGGGCGAUGUCGUCCUCGAUAAGGUACGCCCAGUUCGCCUGCAUGGCCCUGACAAAGGAAGGGUAGGCCCGCCUCGAGAACCGGCCUUCCAUGCUGCCCCAGCCGGACCACGCGUACACGUGCGCGCUGUAGACCACCCUCUCCGGGACGUCGAGCCUGACGGGCCGCGAACGCGCCCCGGACAGGUCGUUGCCCGACUCGGUGCCGCCCACGAUCAUCAGCCAGUCCGGCUUCAGCCUCAGCAGCCUGUUUGCGGCCAGCUCGGCGGCGGUGGCCCACCUGUCCCACGACAUGGUGCCCCAGACGCCGCGCACCUCGUUCCGCAGGUCGGCGCCGAUGACGUAGGGGUCGUCGAGGAAGCGGGCCAUGACGGCCUCCCAGUGUUGUAUCCACUCCUCCUCGGUCUGCUUGACGCGGCACAGCGGGCCGAGGUGGUCGUUGGCCCAGCCGGCGUCGCAGGGGUCGGCGCCGCAGCACCAGGUGGCGUGUGUGAUGUGGUUGUUGAUGAUGACGGCGAUGCCCUCGUCGGUCAGGGCGCGCACGCAGGCCUCGAAGACGUCCAUGGCGCGCAGGCCGACCAGGUCCGGGUUCGCGGUCAGCAGGUGGGGCAGGAUGGGCGGGUUGCGGAUGACCAGCUCGUCGGCGUAGGGCAUCCGCACGCUGUUGAAGCCCAGCUUGCGUAUCGUCUUUGCAAUGACGGAGCGGUGCUGGACGUCGAGGCCGCCGGGGACGAACAGCUCGUCGGAGGCGCCGUACCAGUUGACGCUGGCCAGCUGGAAGCGGCGGCCAUUGGCGUCCACAAUGUCGCGGCCCCUGGUGCGCAGGGGCAGGGAGUAGGUGGUGAUGCUCGUGUCGGGGGCGGGCGGCACAAGGGGCUGCUGGGCAAAGAGGCGGGCGCCGGGGUCGGGUAUCCAGGGCUCGUUGGAGGACGCCUCUGCUCUCCAGAGGAAGUGGAAGAAGCCCCCGAGGAGGAGGACCGAGAGGAGGAGGAACAUUCGGGAGGGUUUGGCUUCGAACCACGCUGCUGACCUCAUCGAGCUGGAUCGGCCGGGUGAGCGGGCUGUGGGUGGUCUUUUUGGUUCGGGACGGGGUCGGACGGGGUCGGAC